GUGAAGACGUGCAAGUGGAGAAGCCAGUUGAUGAUGUACGAGGGGAGAAGCCAGCAGUUGAAGAUGUACAAGAGGAGAAACCAGUAGUUGAACAUGUACAAGAGGAUAAACCAACAGUUGAAGAUGUACAAGAGGAAAAGCCAGCUAUGGAAAAUCUACAAGAAGAGAAAUCAGCAGUUGAAGAUGUACAAAAGGAGAAAUCAGCAAUUGAUGGUUUAAAAGAGGAGAAACCAACAGUUGAAGACAUAAAAGAGGAGAAACCAGUAGUUGAACAUGUACAAGAGGAUAAACCAACAGUUGAAGAUGUACAAGAGGAAAAGCCAGCUAUGGAAAAUCUACAAGAAGAGAAAUCAGCAGUUGAAGAUGUACAAAAGGAGAAAUCAGCAAUUGAUGGUUUAAAAGAGGAGAAACCAACAGUUGAAGACAUAAAAGAGGAGAAACCAGCAGUUGAAGACUUAAAAGAAAAGAAACCAGCAGUUGAAGAUGUACAAGAUGAAAAACCAGCAGUUGAAGAUAUAGAAGAGAAGAAACCAGCAGUUGAGGAUGUACAAGAUGAGAAACCAGAAGUUGAAGAUACAAAAGACAAGAAACCAGCAGUUGAAGAUAUACAAGAUGAGAAACCGGCAGUUGAAGAUUUACAAGAGGAAAAACCAGGAGUUGAAUUUGUACAAGAGGAGAAACUAACAGUUGAAGAUGUACGAGAGGAGAAACCAGCCGUUGAAAAAGUUGAAACUGAAAUUCUGGAUAAAUCAGUAGUUGAAACUGUCCAACGAAAGCUUGAGGAGAAAUCAGAAAUUGAUAAUGUAAUGUCCCUUUCAUCAACUGAAGCAGUAGACGAAAAAGUGAAUAAAAGCUUAAAUGAUGUCGCAGAAAUUAAGAAAGAUGAGAAUGUCAAAACAGAAAAGAAGAAUGAGAAAAUUGAAGAACCAGUUGAAAGUGAAAGAAUCAAAGAUGGAGAUGUGAAUGGUUCCUAUAGUGUUGUUGAAACAGCAGGAAAGGAAGAGCAGGUUUCUAGGAAUAUUGUGGAGGUGAUAAAGGAAAAAGAGACAAACAAUAACACAGAGGAGUCCAAGAAAGCCGAUACAGAAGAAGGCAUUGAUGAGAAGUCUGAUCCCCCUGCCAAGGAAACAUCCAAAGCAAGUGAUGACACAAAAACAGUUAAAGCUACACAGAAGUCAUCUGGGAACAUAAUGUACAAGGUCAAACAAUCAAUGGUUAAGGUUAAAAAAGCUUUGAUUGGGAAAUCUCCAAGCUCCAAAACCAUGCAGAGCAGAACUAGCUGAAAAAGUGCAUUAAAAAAUUUGGAGAGAAAAGCGGUAGUUUAAAGUGAUUAUUUGUUAUGCUGUUUGUGUGGUUGUGGUCAGGUAUGGUCUAUUUGUUUAUUUGAAUGGCUUUCCUUAAUUUGGGUUUUUGAGCAGGUGUACAUAUAAGGUGAUAAGCAUACACCUUGUUUUAUGUGAGGAUUUGGAAGGUCGUUUUUCACAUUAGGUUCAUGUACUAUAAGACUUCGUCUUGUUUGAUACUUACUAGUUCUGGUGGGUGAGUGUUUGCAUGUUCAAUUGUAAGACAGUGACUGAAAAUUGAUUUGUGUUAAUUAAGUAUAAAAUGAUUGUUGAUUUUUAUA